AUGGAUUCCACGCCUCUACUCGUUGGCAGCAACGAGCUCUCAGCCGGCCGAGCUCUUCUACAGGACCAUCCUGUUUUCCUCCGUGCUAGCCAUUCUCCAUGGUGCUUCAUACCGCAAAAUGUGCUCGUCUUCUUCCGCGGCCUCAUUCUCGCAUAUCUCAUCGCCGCUUCCAUCUUGGUUUUGAAUUACGAGACUACAGACGCCGCACCAGGUGAAACAAAUGCUCGCCUCUUCUUCGACUUUGCCAUCAUCAGCGGCGCCAUGGUUCUCUUGUACUUUAUAAUCACGUUUUCGUGGACUUUCACCCACUUGUACUAUCCGGACCCUGAAGAAAUCGAGGGAGGCAUUGAAUCAUGGGUUGUGAACGUCAUGUCUCUGCCCAGAAACCUGGCUAGCCUACGCCAGCAGUUUUACUUUACGCUGUUUUACAUUACUACUGUCGUCUUUUCGUUCAUGAACACGGUAAUUUACUGGUUCAUUACGCGACCGUAUGACUUGGAGAACAACGAUAAUGGCGGCACUGGGGAUGAUGAUAAUGUCAGCGACAUUUUUGGCGAAGGGUGGCUCAAGGCUUUUGCCAUUGUCAACCUGUUCGGGAUCACGUCAAUCAUCAUGGUGUUUGAGAUACUCUUCCUCAACAGCAUCAGACGCCCCUCGACAAUCAGUGCCUACCUCUUCGCCCUCAUGGUCUUUGCCGGCCUCUACCUUGGCUGGGCCUACAUUGGGCACGCCGCCACUGGCAUAUACCCCUUUUUCUGGCUUGAUCCAGCAGAGGCCGGCUCCCAAGAAGCGGUGACGGCAUACGCCAUCGGCUUCGUCCUUUUGGCUCCAAUUAUGUACAUCUUCAUGCAGGGCUUCGUUGGCAUCCGAGAGUCGCUGGUUCGACCCCACGUCAUCAUUCAAGAAGGUCUUGGGGCCUAGAUGCGAGAGUCGAUGGAGGGGUAAUGAUGAUUGCUGUACCAAAAGGAGGGGUAAUGAUGGUGACUCUUUGAAUCUGGAGGAAUCGGAGGCAUCUCAUGGUAGUGUGACGCAUCAAGGGUCCUGACCGAUGGUCGGCGGCAGUGGUUUCGCCCUAUGAAAAAGCCUCAUUGAUGAGCUGUCAGUGUGGGGAGAGCAGCUCUAGAG